AUGUCAAUAGAUUUGGAAUGGGUCAAGCUUGAUGCUACAUUGGCAUCCUAUCUCGUCGAUGUUCUCAACAGACAAUUAAAAAAUGCUGAAAGGCCAUCUUUUAUUGGGCCUGUGGAAGUCACAUCGCUGGAAUUUGGUACAACGGCACCAGAUGUGGAAUUGGUCGACCUGCGCGACAUCUAUCGCGACUUUUUGGAAGACGAGGAGGACAACGAUUCUGACAGAGGACCUGUCAAAGUUACAGAAGGUGCUGAUGAUGAAGAGGGCUUUGAGUGGGUCUCCAGGAGAGCUGUCGGCCGGGAAGAAUCUCUGGCCUACCAACACCUGCCUCCACACAUUCGAUAUGGUCGUGGACCGACUGACUUGUAUUCCUCAAUACCGGCGCUGAGGUCGCCGAUAUCUACGCCCAGUGCUGACAUGUGGAACUCGACACCAAAUCUAUCUGAUUUUCGACAUCGACCCCAGCCGCUUUGGCAAAGCACGCCAAUGUACCCGAAUCCUAAUCCUGUAACUCCGUUCCCUGCUGGCCCUAUGCGACGCAGCAGCAGUCACGAAUAUGAGCAUGUUGGUACAGAAGCACAAUCAAAUAUUCCCCUUUCUUCUAGCGACUCCCUCAGCGAUCCUUUCCCUCCUAACUUGGAAGAACAACCUGAGAAACAGGAGCCCCCACCGAACCCAUAUCCAAACUUACAACUCCACCUCCACGUCAAUUGGCAUUCAAACCUACGCAUCACACUAACGACUUCUCUGCUCAUCAACUAUCCCUCACCUAUGUUCAUGUCUCUCCCUAUCAAACUGUCAAUAACAGGCAUUGUUUUCAACGGUGAGCUAGCCGUGGCGUACGAAGGUCAGCGUAAACGUAUACAUAUUUGUAUUCUCGACGACUUGGACCCUUACGGGCCAGCGGGUGACCGCCCAAAACGCGACUCUACUAUAUCAACACCUCCAGAACUCGACGACGAUUCCCCACCCCCAAGCACCCCUUCUCGCCCAUCGAAACCACUGCCAAUAGGUCAAAGACUACUUCCCUCGAUAUACAUUGAAAGCGAAAUUGGUCAGGCAGACAAGCAUGUCCUAAAGAAUGUUACUCGAGUCGAACGCUUCAUCCAGGACGUCAUACGCAAAACGGUGGAAGAAGAACUCGUAUUUCCUAAUUUCCAUACGCUUGUGAUGGGUGAUCCGUGA